CAGACAAUAAAGACAAAGAUAUUCUUCGGUUGUGUCCAUCCAUACGGUACCCGAUAUUUAUUCAAUUCAAUACAUUUUCACGUCGCUAGAUUUUACCUACCUACGGAGUACUUCCCAGUGUCUUCCCGCUUCAGAAGGACUGCUGGCCUGAAUGUAUGUCUGACACUUCCCGCCGGCGGGCCUUGCUCUUGUAUCGCCACUUUCCCCCUUCGCCCUGACGUCCGACACACCACACAACCAGUCCACCGAACAAGCACCGUGGCCGUAUCGCCAACGCCCAUCCUUUCUGUUCCACGCGGGGACUUCUCGCCGCCAUGCGGCUCUUCCCUUCAUAUUCCCUUCUCGCGAUCCUCAGCGCUCCCCUUCUCCACGCCGAGAAACUCGCCUCGGGCCUCGAAAUCGAUGUUACCGACCGAAUCACCUGCUCCCGACCGACCGUCCUGGGCGAUCAGAUCGAAGUACACUAUCGGGGGACGAUAUGGGGCACCAAAGUGCAGUUCGAUAGCAGCUACGAACGCGGCACGCCCUUCGGAUUCCGGCUCGGUCAAGGGCAGGUCAUCCAAGGAUGGGACGAAGGGCUCGUGGGAAUGUGUAUCGGCGAGGGACGACGGCUGACGAUUCCCCCGUCCAUGGCGUAUGGUGAUCGAGCCGUGGGUGCGAUACCGGGAGGGAGCACGCUGGUCUUCGACACGGUACUGGUGUCGAUCGACGGGGUGGAACCUCCGCAAAGUGAAUCGCCGUCGCCGACCCCGACGUCCACCGACCCCGCGACUUCGAUAUCACCGGAUACCGCGUCGACGACGACAGGAAUAGCGAUUCCCUCGUCGGAUGCCUCUCUUCCCGGAUCGCAUGGCCCUGGUAGACCAGGCGACCACGAAUGUGACCUUCUCGGCGACUUCUCCCUUCUGGUUCAAAGCUCCCUGGGCCUUCUGGCGCUUACCUCGUUAGUCUACAAACGAUGGCGGGAGACGCCACGACGCCCGUUGAAGAUCUGGGCGUUCGACGCGUCGAAGCAGGUGGUAGGCUCGAUGAUGCUGCACGUCCUCAACGUGCUGAUGAGCAUGUUGAGCUCAGGCAAGUUCGAUAUCAAGGACGCGGCCACUGCGGCGGCGACGCCAGGGCCCGACAUCACGCCGCGGUUGAUGCGGAGAGACGAUGGGUUUGCGCAAUAUGAUGGGAGCGGCGACGCGCCGAAUCCAUGCUCAUACUACCUCCUCAACCUUGGGAUUGACACGACCAUCGGCAUCCCUAUCCUUCUUCUAUGGCUGAAGGUCUUCCACUACGCCUUCUCCCUGACGCCUCUCGCCCGACCACUGAUCUCCAUCGAAUCCGGCGUCUACUCCCCCCUUCCAAACCGCUCCAACCCCAACCCCCAGCCGCGCACGACCUGGUGGCUCAAGCAAUGCCUCAUCUACUUCCUCGGCCUCCUCGGCAUGAAGCUUUGCGUCCUCGGCAUCUUCCUCCUCUGCCCCUGGAUCGCCUGGGUCGGCGACUGGGCCCUCCGCUGGACCGAAGGCAGCGCCGCGCUGCAGAUCACGUUCGUCAUGCUGAUCUUCCCCACCGUGAUGAACGUGAUGCAGUAUUGGAUUAUUGAUUCCUUCAUCAAGGAGAGGAAGGACCCCGGCGCGCGUUCGUCCGCGGAGGCGGAGCGGGCGGAGGCGGCGCGGGCCGAACAGGCGCACGAUCGGGAUGAGAUGGGCAUCCAGAUGACGGAGGAAGACGAGGAUGACGCGAAUGAAAACGAGAGAUUGUUGAAAGGAGCAGAUCCGACUCAUAUAUCUGGCAGACCGAGCGCCGGGAGUAGUGUGGGUGGAGGCAGCAAGUAACGCCGACUGCGGAAAGAGGCGGGACAUACAUGUUCAUUGGUUUAAUUGAUAGCAUAUCUGGCAUCUCGAAUUCAUUGUUUGUACAACAGCGGCUGCUAUAGCUUCAAAUGGGAAGGAGACCCAGUCUCACAUACGGAAAUGACUUUUGUCUACUGGGAUCAAUAUUGAUUAUCCGUACACGCCAAG